AUGUUGGGUGAAAGACGGAGCGGCCCGUGGCUGGGAUGGAGGCUCCCCAGGCCCGCCCUUCGCCAGAUCCUCUGGCGGCUGCUGCCGUCCCCCUUGGCUAGGGCCCUGGGCUACGUCGACGCGGACGCCGCCAUCCCAAAGCCCCACGCGACCUCCUGGCUUAAUGGCCUUAGGGGUAUCUCGGCGCUCAUUGUCGUCAACAUGCACAUCACAGAAGCAACCUACGGCCUCAGCGAGGACGGGAAGCUCCAUCUGGUCCAGCUGCCCCUCGUCCGGCUCCUCUUGGCGGGCCACUUCAUGGUGAGCAUCUUCUUCGUCGUCAGCGGGUACGCGCUCAGCCUCGGGCCGCUGGAGCUGGCGCACUCGGGCCGGAGCGGGGAGGAGCUGGCGUCGCGGCUGGGCUCGAGCUCUUUCCGGCGCAUCCCGCGCCUGUUCCUGCCCGUGAUCCCCGUGCUGGCCGCCACGAUGGUGCCGCGCCGCCUGGGCGCCUGGUACCCGUUCGCGGCGUCGCGCGCGCCCUCGCCCGCGGCCCCGUCGUGGGCCGGGCUGGUAGCCUCGGCCGGCGCCGAGUUCAUCAGCAUGGUGCACGGCCUCGACCCCUCCGCCCUCGUGUCCAUGUCCCAGUCCUGGACCCUGGCGGCCGAGUGCGCCAGCUCCUUCGUCGUCUUCUCCGCCUGCCUCGCCCUGCGUCGUGCGUCCUGCCGCAACCGCGCGGCCUGCGUGGCGCUGCUGGCCGCGUGGCUGGGCUACGUCAAGGAGUGGCAGACGUGCAUGUUCCUGUGCGGCAUGGUCAUUGCCGACACGGGCAUCGCGCGCCGCCGCCGCAGGAGGGCCGAGGAGGGAGUCGCUGCUGCUGCUGCUUCUGCUGUCGACAACGGCGCGGCACCCCUGCUGCUGCCUGGCCACGAUGAGGAAAAGGCCUUGCCGCCGUCGACUUCCGCAGACGGUGGCGGCAGCGGCGGCGGCGGCGGCGGGCCAAGACGCUUAGCCGCCGCCCCCGCCGCAACCACCACCAGGCUCGAGACGGCCGGCUGGUCCGCCGUGCUGCUCCUGGCCCUGCUCCUGGGCGGGUGGCCCCUGGCCCCCAACGCGUUCGACGCGGCGCCCUACAGCUGGCCGGUGCGGCUGCUGGGCCUGCCCGGCCCGCUCGUGGUGCGGUACAUCCUCGCCGCGGGCUCGGUGCUGCUCGUGGCGGCGCUGGACCGCCUCCCCGCCGCGGCGCGCCGCCCGCUCGACUCGCGCCCGGCCCUCUACCUCGGCGAGAUCUCGUACGGCCUGUACCUGUGCCACAUGCUGGCCGCGCGCACCUCGCUCAGCAUCGGCCUGCGCGUCGAGCUGGAGCGCCGCUGGGGCGGCGCCCACGGCACCUGGGGCCGGCUCGCGGCCUGGGCCGUGGUCAUGUUUGGCGUUGCGCUGCCGGGGGCCCUGUGGCUGGGCGACCUGCACUGGAGGUUUGUGGACAAGAAGUGUGUGCGGUUCUCGCGCUGGUUGGCUGAGAGGGUUGGAGUUUGA